UCUGCGCUUCACACCUAAGUGCUUUGCUUGUGAGACAGCUUUGUUGCCGCUUCCAACACUCGUUUUUCCCUUUGCCCUUUUGCCUUCAAGGCAGUUCAUGCGCAAAUUCCGUCUCUUUCACGCAUUUUAUUAUUUUUCCCUCACACUUUCUUCCUUUCCUUGUUUUUGUUUUUUUGUUUUUUGUUUUUUGUUUUUUUUUUUUUUCCUUCUUAUUUCCCGCCUCGUUUCAGGAGAUUUUGUAUCGUGCCGCCUUCAAGGUCGUUCACGCGCAAGUUAGUAUAGGUUUUCGGCGUUUUUGUGUAAGAAUUUCCUUAUUCUUUCUACAGUGUAUCCGUCGAGUUUUUUGUUCUCACAUGAGCAGAAGAGCGGUGUGAUAUCCACAAAGCUUUGUCUUGGUGGGCAGUGGAGAUUUUGAUUUCAUCAACUUUCAAAGCAGGAGUUGGAGGAGAGAGCGCUCCAUAAGCGAGUUCGAAGGUUGCAGAGGAGGUAGAGAGGCUUGCUGAAAGUGGACAAGGGGGGUGAAGGAAGACGGUCCUUAUCUAAUCAAUCGGAGGACUUAAGAAUCAGUGUGAAUGUCUGCGCUGGAUACCCAGACGAAGCUAGGAAUGAGUUUAGAUGAUCUCGCCGCUCGAGGCGGUGGAGGCCGCCGCAUUCAGAGUGGGAUAGUAGGGAAGCGUUCGUUUCGCCGAAGCAGUCCUUACAAAGUAAUGAACCCACGGGAGGGCAACGGGUUUGGCCCACGAUCGGGGCCUUCCAGGGGGGCAGCUCCAGAAUUGUGUAACAACUGUAGGCGCACCGGACAUUUUGCUCGCGAUUGCCCAAAUGCAGCAGUGUGUAAUAAUUGUGGAGCCUCAGGGCAUAUUGCUGCUGCAUGUCCAGUGGAGCCUUUAUGCCGCAACUGUAAGAAGCCAGGACACAUCGCGAAUGAGUGUCGAAGCGAGCCAAUCUGCAAUACCUGCGGGAAACCCGGACAUCUUGCCAAAGGUUGUGCAGUGCAGGAAGGAGGGAUUCCUAAAGCGUGGCUAUGCAAUAACUGUUAUAGACCAGGACAUCUUGCUGUGGAUUGUCCCAACGAGAAGGCGUGCAACAAUUGUCGCCAGGCUGGACAUCUGGCAAGGGAUUGCCUCAAUAGUCCCGUGUGCAAUGGCUGCAGCCAACCGGGUCACAUUGUACGAGAUUGUCCUCUGAUGGACUCUGCCCCUCCUGUUCGAGGACCUACUUCUACUUUUAAUCCGAAUGAUAUGGUUUGUCAUAAUUGUCACCAACGCGGUCACAAAAGCAAAGAAUGCUUGCAGGUUGUGGUCUGCAAUAAUUGUGGAGGUCGGGGACAUUUAGCUGUGGAAUGUCCAUCUACACCUAUGUUGGCGAGACCACGUCGAAGGUGAUGAAGCAUACUUGAAGAAAGACUUUCUUUCAGUUGCCUUGAGUUUACGAGACAGACUUACGGUUGUAGUAUGGAACUGCCAUUACCAAAAGUGUUGCAAUUAUAAUUAAAAUACAAGCUGACUUUCUAGCACUUCUUAUGUUUUGUAGUCAACUUGGGCUGAAAGCAACGAAGCUAUUUGCUAAGAAAGUGUUGUUUAUUUCUGGUUGGACAUAGAUUGCCAGUAAAGGUCUAGAACUGGAGGUAAGUGUGGUUUUAUUGCAAUAAUGUGUUACUAAGCGUCUUUUUUUACUCAAAUUUCACCAACUUUGAUUGUUACUAUCAGUGUUGGAUUGUUCAUUUUUGACCAA